ACGUUACUAUAAAUUCGCUUCAAUGGCGGAGGUGGCUGCAGCUGGUGGAGCUGGUCCCGAUGUAAACACAACUGGGAACCCGACAGAAAUGGCCAUGGCGUAUUUACAAGACGAGAAGACUGAUGGAGACAUCCCGGACCUCAACCUGGGAGAACUAGACCUCACCACUGAUGAGUUCAUCCUGGAUGAAGUGGACAUUCAUAUCCAGGCCAAUCUGGAGGAUGACCUUGUGAAGGAAGCGCUCAAAACGGGUGUUGACCUCCGUCAGUACUCCAAACAGGUGGAGUCAGAGCUGCAGAGGAUCGAACAAGCCUCCAUUAAAGACUACAUCAAGGAGAGUCAGAACAUCGCUCUGCUGCACAACCAGAUCACCGCCUGUGACUCCAUACUGGAGCGUAUGGAGGGCAUGCUGAGCGGCUUCCAGAGUGACCUGUCCUCCAUCAGCAGUGAGAUCCAGACCCUGCAGCAGCAGUCGGUCAGCAUGAACGUGCGGCUGAAGAACCGGCAGGCGGUGCGCAGCCACCUCAGCCAGCUGGUGGACGAGCUGGUGGUGCCCGGAGCCAUGAUCUCCACCAUCCUGGACAGUCCUGUGACGGAGCAGGAGUUUCUGGAGCAGCUGCACGAGCUCAACAACAAGAUCAACUUCGCCAAAGAGCUGAGCUUCAGAGAGACGCUGGCCUGCUCAGACAUCCAGGACAUCGUGGACCGCCUCAAACUCAAGGCGGUUUCAAAGAUCCGGGAGUUCAUCCUGCAGAAGAUUUACUCCUUCAGGAAGCCAAUGACCAACUACCAGAUCCCACAGAACACUCUGCUGAAGUACAGAUUUUUUUAUCAGUUCCUCCUGGCCAAUGAGAGAACGGUUGCUAAGGAAAUCCGAGAUGAGUACGUUGACACCAUGAGUAAGAUCUACUACAGCUACUUCAAGUCGUACAGCGGCCGGCUGCUGAAAGUGCAGUAUGAGGAGGUUGCAGACAAAGAUGACCUGAUGGGAGUAGAAGACACAGCCAAGAAAGGUUUCUUCUCCAAGCCGUCUCUGAAGAGCAGGAACACCAUCUUCACCGUGGGCCAGCGGGGGGCCAUCCUGAGUCCUGCCGAGCUGGAGGGGCCCAUCCUGGUUCCACACACAGCUCAGAGAGGAGACAGCAGGUAUCCCUAUGAGACGCUGUUCCGCAGCCAGCACUACGCUCUACUGGACAACGGCUGCAGGGAGUUCCUCUUCCUCUCCGACUUCUUCAUGGUGACAGGAAACUCCGCCCUCGACCUGUUCAACAGCAUCAUGGGAAAAACUCUCAGCAUGUUCCUGAAGAGCAUGUCCACUUAUGUGUCCGACUGCUACGACAGCAUCGCCGUCUUCCUCUGCAUCCACAUCAUCCUCCGCUUCAGAGCCAUCACCGCCAAGAGGACCAUCCCCGCUCUCGACAAGUACUGGGAGGCGGUGUUGGAGCUGCUGUGGCCAAGGUUUGAACUGAUCCUGGAGAUGAACAUCCAUAGCAUCAGAAACACAGACCCUCAGAAACUGGGAGUGCUGGACACUCGACCACACUACAUCACACGUCGUUACGCAGAGUUCUCGUCGGCCAUCGUCAGCAUCAACCAGACGUUUCCCAAUGAGAGAACACACACUCUGCUGGGACAGCUGCAGGUGGAGGUGGAAAACUUUGUGCUGAAGAUGGCAGCAGAGUUUCCCUCCAGAAGAGACCAGCUUAUCUUCCUCAUCAACAACUACGACAUGAUGCUCAGCGUCCUCAUGGAGAGGGCAGCAGAUGACAGUAAGGAGGUGGAAGGUUUCCAGCAGCUGCUCCUGGCCAGGACACAGGAGUUUAUCGAGGAGAUUCUGUCCCCACCCUUCGGAGGGAUGAUCGCCUUUGUGAAGGAGGCCGAGGCUCUGAUGGAAAAAGGGCAGCUGGACCGACUAAAGAACGAUGAAGCUCGUAUCACUCAGCUGAUUCGGGGGUUUUCCAGCUCAUGGAAACAGUCUGUGGAGGCGAUGAGUCAGGACGUGAUGAGGUCAUUCACCAACUUCAAGAAUGGAACCAGUAUCAUACAGGGCGCUUUGACCCAGCUCAUCCAGUACUACCACGGCUUCCACAAGGUCCUGAACCAGCCCACCUUCAGGAGCCUGGCCGUGCGCUCCGAGCUCAUCAACCUGCACCACCUCAUGGUGGAGGUGAAGAAGCACAAACCUAACUUCUAACAGGAAGCAGGGACCGGGAGGCAUGGACACACACCUGGAGUCUCCUCCCCAGACAUUCAUUCUGUAAAGCAUUAACAAAGGAGACUGCUGCAUAUUCCCUCCAGCUGAUCAUCAGUAAGUGUAGAUAUGGACCAAGUUAUUGAAUGUUUUCUAUUUAUUUCAUUUCAUGUCAUCAUCAUCUCAUCUACAGGGCUGAAAUGUGGGGAUAAUUGAUUACCCAAAUAAUAACAAUCAAGCUGUGCAUUUAGGUUUAAUUAAACAAUAUUACUUAUGAUAGAUGAACGCAUGUUGAAGUCCAUUCAGUUCUUCUGCUUAUAGUAUUCUGCUCAGAUUCAACUCAUGCCCAGUUGAAAUAAUUGAAAGGAUAUACUCUUUUAUUUAACAAAUGAAUCAUUGAUGUGAACACAUGACAGUUGUGGUUUUUUUAGAGCGCCAGUAAUGGCUUGCACUGGUGUUGACAUUGUGAUGCCCAUAAUAGAAAGCGAUGUAUAUUGUACAGCCGUAGAAAGGCAACUACAUUCAAUUAUCAACCAUAAAUAGUGAUCAAAUGCAAGUAAAUGCCAUUUAAACAAAUCAAAACUGUGCUUUAAAAUGUGUUUUAAGCAUAAAUAACAAACCGAAAAAUAAAAACAAAGGACCUUUUCUUGGCCCAAAAGUUUCAUAAUGUCAUAAUUUAACUGUAUUUAUUUUUUUAAUCCAGAAGAAGCAAUGAUUAGCUAUUAAGAUUUGAUUAAUAACACAGCACUGGGGAGAGAAGCUGUCUGUCCACUUGUGAUGCAGCUUCAUUAAAAGGGUGAAACUGCUCAACAAUGUGUUCACUUCCUUUCUGCGUCUCUCAGCGCCCAAGCACAUUGGUGAUUUAGUAUAUAGUUUAAUUUAAAAUAUGCUCAGAAAAAGCUGGUCACUGUAGUUUUUAUCAAACAAACAGAAGGAAAUAAUAGCUUGCCCGGGGACUAUUUUCAACGGUGGAUGAGUCCACACAAAGCAUUUCAGAGUUGGUUUAGGUGACAAAACAAUAGCAGAAUUGGAAUCAGAAAAUCUUAGAAUAAACGAAAUAAAUAAAAGCAUUGAUGAACGUUGCAAACAGAAGAAUACAAAAUAGUAGGUAGUACAUUAUUAAUUCAGUUCAUCAAUCAUACAGAACAUCACCACAAUGACUCCUUUACAAACAUAUUUCCUCAUUCCAGUGAAAGAUCUGGUGUGCCUUUUCUUAUUUAUUUAGCUGUGCAAAAUGAAUAUUUUUGCACUUAUUUGCGUAUAAAAUCAUUCCAGUGGAAACACAUAUAUGUUGACUUUAACAAUAAAUAAUGGAAAUAAGA